UUUCGAUUGAAGAGAAUGCUAAAGUAUUGUCUGGUCGUGGAAAUGUCAUCUUUGAUGAAGCCAUUGAAUUCAUCGAUGUUCCAAUAGUUUCUCCAAAUGGCGACGUCGUGGUUGCUUAUGGUGGUACAGUUCACAGACUAAGUCCAAAAGAUAAUUUAUCCUCAUACGACUCGCGAAAUGCAAGAAUUAAUAUUGUUGAUCGUGAAGGUGGUUGGGAUAAAGAAUGUGAGUGGAAAGAUGUUCUUGCAGGUGGUGAUAAGCAAAAG